AUGAUGAAGACAUUUGAGAUGACCGACAUUGGGAUGAUGAACUAUUUCCUCGGUAUAGAGGUGAAACAACAAGAAGACGGCAUAUUUAUCUCUCAAAAGAAAUAUAUUGAAGCCCUAUUGAAGAAGUUCAAGAUGUAUGAUUGUAAACCUGUCGCUACUCCAUUGGUGGUAAAUGAGAAACUACAAAAAGAUGAUGGAGCACAAGAAACAGAUGCAUCACGCUACAGAAGUUUGAUUGGAAGUCUCUUAUAUCUCACAGCCACAAGACCAGACAUUAUGUAUGCCACAAGUCUUCUAUCAAGAUUCAUGCAAAAGCCAAGUCAGAUUCAUUAUGGAGUAGGGAAAAGAAUUUUAAGAUAUCUACAAGGCACAAAGAAGUUUGGAAUAUGGUACAAAACCAUGACUAACUCAAGGAUCAUUGGCUACACCGAUAGUGAUUGGGCAGGAUCAAUAGAUGACAUGAAGAGCACCACAGACUAUGCUUUCUCGCUUGGAUCGGGAAUAUUCUCUUGGGCAUCAAAGAAGCAAGCAAUUGUUGAACAAUCAACAGCUGAAGCAGAAUAUGUGGCUGCUGCUGAAGCAACAAGUUAA